CAGAACGUCAUGAGGUGCGUUUCCAAAACAUCGUUUCCGGGAAGAGAUAUGAAGGAUUAACAUAAUGCUCAAGAAUGGUUGCCUUUAGACUCAUCGCUCUCGCUAACCUUGCUGGUUUUGGGACCGUCUUUGCCGGCAGCAAUCUUGCACGUGGUAAUAUAAGCAUUAAAUAUGGCGCCAGUUUUAAAAAAAAAAUGUAACAUUAUCUUUCAGACAUGAACAAAAUCGAUUAACGUGUUAAAAGUCUGAGGCGGCGGUUUAAACCGUGGCCGUAGAUCGAUUGUUAUUAAGAUUAGAAUAAUCGUGUUUCAACUUUAAGUUUAACUUGUUUUGUCUCUCAGUGGGUUUUGUUCGUCAUUUAAAUGAACUCAUUGAUUUUACAGCAAAUUCAAUUUCUCUCACAACAAACUUACAAGUUGUUCUUACUCUAUGAUUAAAUACUGUCUCUAUUUGAUUUCUAACUUAAACAAUGAGAAUCCCAAUACAAAUAUUUUCACAAACAAUAAUAUUUUGAUACAAUUCCCCUUUUGUGCAUCAAUUUAGGCUGGGGUGAGACCAUCAAAUGGACGACACUGGAUGACGCCAAAGUCCAGGCCAAGCGAUCCAGCAAGCCCCUCAUGAUAGUGGUCCACAAAAAGCAGUGUCCCGUAUGCAAUGAACUGAAACCGAACUUCGCGGUCAACAGCGAGAUCCAAAAUCUGAGCAGGCACUUUCUGAUGGUCAAUCUGGAGAACGAGGAGGUGCCCAACACCAAGGACUUCACACCAGACGGCGUGUAUGUGCCGAGGAUCAUGUUCUACGGCCCAGACUGCAAACUCAUCAAAGAUGUCCACAGCAGUGACAAGGCCAAGCGAUUCCUCUACAGUGAAGCCAAUGAUAUUGCUGAUAACAUGAGACAAGUCCUGAAUGAAUUUAGCUACUAGCCAGAACGUUAGUAACAUCUGAGUUCCAACGUUAAAAAAAACUUCUGCUGGAAAUGAUAACUGUUCUUUAUUAUUCGUUUUAUUUAUAAUUUGCAACAAGGUGUUAUGAAAUAUAAAUGUAUAUAAACACCAGUGAAGCUAUCUCGGGAUACAAUCUUUCUCAAUCGUGGGCAAGUCUCCAAUGUUAUUGACAUUAUAAUCGUGCUUUCAAACGGAAUAGAAUCACAUUCACAAUCACGUAUACCGCACAUACAAAUACACCAGCAACGUAACAGCCCUGGGAGGCAUUAAGCUCAGUUCCUAUUCUUACCCCAAAGCCCAAACAGCUGACGGGGUGAUUGUAUUUCUGAACUCCAUAGCCGCCAGAAACUCUUGUGUGAUCCCAGGCUGAGUACGCGAGUCGUACUCUGAAGAACAAGCAUAUGAUACAUGGACAGAACAUAGCAACAGAGUUGAUAAAUUAUGAAAAUGAAAAAAUUAAAUCCAAUAUCGCGAAAC